AUGGAUUCUUCACCUGAAUUAUUGGAUUAUGACUCUCCAGAUGAUAAUGGGUGUAAAAAUGAGACACCUGAAGAGAAGAUCGGAGUGUUCCUCAAGCAGUGGGAAUCCAAAGUCCGUCCCUAUAUAGAGAUGAUCGACUACCUGAGACAGAUUGGCAUUGAAAAGGAACUUGCCCUGCCAUCCAUCGCUGUAGUUGGAGAUCAGAGUUCUGGGAAAAGCUCUGUUUUAGAAGCACUGUCUGGUGUGGCGUUACCCAGGGGCAGUGGGAUUGUCACCCGCUGUCCACUGGAGCUGAAACUGCGAAAGCUGAAAGCUGGAGCAAGCUGGACAGCUGUUAUCUCUUAUGGAGAUGUGCAAGAAACAUUCACUGAUCCCUCAAAGGUUGAGAGCUACGUCAGAAAAGCCCAGAAUGUGCUUGCUGGAGAUGGUGUGGGGAUCUGUGACGACCUCAUUAGUUUACAGAUUACGUCCCCUGAUGUGUGUGACCUCACCCUGAUCGAUCUACCCGGGAUAACCAGAGUUCCCGUGAAAGGUCAACCUGAAGAUAUUGGAGAUCAGAUUAAACGGCUUAUACUAAAGUUUAUUAAGAAGAAAGAGACCAUAAAUUUGGUCGUCGUACCCUGUAACGUGGACAUAGCGACCACGGAGGCUCUGCAGAUGGCACAGGGUGUGGACCCUGAUGGAUCAAGAACUUUAGCUAUUCUAACAAAGCCAGAUUUGGUGGAUAAAGGAGCAGAAGCUGAUGUCCUGCAGAUAAUUCAGGGUAAAAUCGUUAAUCUGAAGAAGGGGUUCAUUAUUGUACGAUGCAGAGGACAGAGUGACAUCAACGAGAAUAUUUCCUUGGCCGAGGCCACAAAGAUGGAGGCAGAUUUCUUCAGGAACCACAUUCACUUCAGCCAUCUUCUGAAUGAAGAGAAAGUCACAACUCUCUGCCUGGCCAACAGACUCACCAAAGAGCUGGUUGGCCACAUCAGGGCAUCACUCCCAACCCUGACACAGCAAAUUCAAAUCCUCCUGUCCUCUGUAAGAAUGGAGAUGAGGAAGUAUUCUGAUGGUCCUCCGUUAGAGCCAGAGAGAAUGGGACCUUUUCUCAGUAAGAAAAUCCAGGAGUUUUGUGAUCAUGUCAGUGAGCUCAGUAGAACUGGAGAAUGUGGAGAAAAAAACGUUUAUUCUCUUAUGCGACCUGUCUUCAAGAACUGGGAAAUGCACAUGAGAGACUCCAAAGAAUCCUUUACUAAUGCAGUGCGGGAGAUGACAGAGGAUUAUGAAGCACAUCGUGGGAGAGAACUGAUAACAUUCAGUGAUUACUGUGUAUUUGAAAUGCUGAUUCAGAAGCACGUAAACAACCUCAAAACACCAGCACUGGAGACCCUGAAGAUAAUAAGAGGAAUUGUGCAAAGUGAGUUCCAACUUCUGUGUGAGCUCUGCUUUUUAAAUUACCCUCACUUGAGACUUAUGAUACUAGGCCAAAUUGAUGAAAUUCAGUUAAAGCAAGAGACAAAAGUGGAAAAGCGAAUCCUGGAGUACAUCAGCAUGGAGAAACUCAUCUAUACCCAGGACCCCAUUUUCACCAGACAAAUGGUGAACUUUAAGUUUGUGGAGCAGAGGCAGGAGUACGAGUCUGUGGCUUUAGAUACCGGAGAGAACUCCACUUCUCCUAACAACUGCGCUGUCUUCGACACCAGAAAGCUAACACCCGAGAAACUCAUCAUCUACUUUGAGAUCGUCUACCAACGCCUAGCAGACAUAGUCCCCAUGGUAAUCCAGCUGUUCAUACUGAAAGAAGCCGCAGUCAUGUUGCGGACAGAGUCCAUGGACCUGCGCAACGGAGCUGACGUGUCCAAACUUCUCAGCGAAGACAGUGAGGCGGGCAGAAAGAGGACAGAGCUAUACCAGCGCAUGGAGCGCCUACGACAGGCCCACGAGAGGAUUUCCAUUAAUCUAUAAGAUGUUUGAGCACAUAUAUUUCUUAAUAUUUCUUAAUCUCAAAACUUAAGCAAUUCAAUAUGAUAGUAAACAUGUAAUAUCCACAAGUAAAUAACUAAAGCUACAAUAUUUGGCCACAAUUAUGUACACAGCAUUUUAACCAGCAUAUUUAGCUUGGACAGCCACACACAGUGCUCGAGAUGCAUUAAAAGAAGCACACAGCCACAGAUUUCUCAAGGACAAUCACUGGAGGUAAAAUGUACCACACUAAAUAGCUUCUGAUCUUUUAAUAUAGUGCUGUUAACACUGUAGGACAGCAGUAGUGCAGAGCUCAAAUGACAGUAACAGUGUUCAUACAACACCAACAGUUGUUGAUGAUGAUGUUUAUUAAUAGCUUCUGCUUUGCUAAUUCGAAGCCGCAGUGGAUGCAGGAAACUGUGUUUACUGACAAGGGUUCUAUGAAUAUUCCAAUGUAUAACAUUUAACUUACUGUCCACUCUUUUUUAAACUUGGCUUUGAACAUAAAA